AUGAGCGGCUGCGGGCUCCUCCUGCGCGCGGCGGCGGCGGCGCGAGCCUGCCGGGUUCUGGCGGACUGCGGCCUGAGCCGGCGCCUGCUGCACGCCAGCCCGCGAAGCGCGGCUUUCGCCAAGGAACUCUUCCUGGGGAGAAUCGAGAAGAAAGAAGUUUUUCCAUUUCCAGAAGUUAGCCAAGAUGAACUUAAUGAAAUCAACCAGCUGGUGGGACCGGUGGAGAAAUUCUUCAGCGAAGAGGUGGACUCACGAAGAAUUGACCAGGAAGGGAAAAUCCCGGAUGAAACGUUAAAGAAAUUGAAGGAUCUGGGACUCUUCGGGAUACAGGUCCCAGAAGAAUAUGGUGGCCUUGGCCUCUCUAACACCAUGUACGCACGCCUCGGGGAGGUCAUCGGCCUGGAUGGCUCCAUCGCUGUGACCCUGGCGGCACACCAGGCCAUCGGCCUCAAGGGGAUCCUCUUGGCUGGCAGUGAAGAGCAGAAGGCCAAAUACUUGCCCAAGCUGGCAUCAGGGGAGCAUGUUGCUGCUUUCUGCCUUACGGAACCAGCCAGUGGGAGUGAUGCAGCAUCCAUCCGGACCCGAGCCAAACUGAGUGAAGAUAAGAAGCACUACAUCCUCAACGGCUCCAAGGUCUGGAUCACCAAUGGAGGACUGGCCAAUGUUUUUACUGUGUUUGCGAAGACUGAAGUUGUCGAUCCUGAUGGCUCAGUAAAAGACAGAAUCACAGCUUUCAUUGUAGAGAGAGACUUUGGGGGAGUCACUAAUGGGAAACCUGAAGAUAAACUAGGCAUCCGGGGUUCCAACACUUGCGAAGUCCAUUUUGAAAACACCAAGGUACCUGUUGAAAAUGUCCUUGGGGAAGUUGGAGGUGGGUUCAAGGUGGCCAUGAACAUCCUCAACAGUGGGCGAUUCAGCAUGGGCAGCGCUGUGGCUGGGAUGCUCAAGAAAUUGCUUGAAAUGACCAUGGAAUACGCCUGCACGAGGAAGCAGUUCAACAAGAAUCUCAGUGAAUUUGGAUUAAUUCAGGAAAAGUUUGUUCUGAUGGCUCAGAAGGCCUACGUGAUGGAGAGUAUGGCCUACCUCACCGCAGGAAUGCUGGACCAGCCAGGCUUCCCAGACUGCUCCAUCGAGGCCGCCAUGGUGAAGGUGUUCAGCUCCGAGGCCGCCUGGCAGUGCAUCAGCGAGGCCCUGCAGGUCCUGGGUGGCUCGGGCUACAUGAAGGACUACCCAUAUGAGCGCAUGCUGCGGGAUUCUCGCAUCCUCCUCAUCUUUGAGGGAACCAAUGAGAUUCUGCGGCUGUACAUCGCCCUCACUGGACUGCAGCACGCUGGGCGCAUCCUAACCGCGAGGGUCAAGGAGCUGAAACAGGGCAAUGUGACCACAGUUAUGGAGACCAUUGGCCGGAGGCUUCGGGACUCCCUGGGGCGCACCGUGGACCUGGGCCUGACCGGCAAUUUGGGAGUGGUACACCCAAGUCUCGCGGACGGUGCCAGGAAGCUCGAAGAGAACGUGUAUUACUUCGGCCGCACGGUUGAGACGCUGCUGCUCCGCUUUGGCAAGACCAUCGUGGAGGAGCAGCUGGUGCUAAAGCGUGUGGCCAACAUCCUCAUCAACCUGUAUGGCAUGACGGCCGUGCUGUCCCGGGCCAGCCGCUCCAUCCGCGUCGGACUCCGCAACCACGACCAUGAGGUCCUGUUGGCCAACAUGUUCUGUGUGGAAGCUCAUCUCCAGAACCUCGCCAGCCUGUCUCAGCUGGACAAGCAUGCACCAGAAAACCUGGAUGAGCAGGUUAAGAAAGUGGCCCAGCAGAUCCUUGAGAAGAGGGCGUACAUCUGCACCCAUCCUCUGGACAGGGCGUCCUGAGGCAGGCCAUGGCUGUUGCUGGACAACCCUCACUCUUUCGACAGGAGGUGGAGAACCUUGGGUCAGCGCAGGCUGGAGCAGGUGUGCCAGGCUGCACCAAAGGGAGUUCCACCAUUGUGGCCCGCAGGCCCUGUUGUCUAACAGGAUCCCACUUGCGGAUGGCACGGUGGGGAGCUGGGCCAGGGCUGCUGUCUGAUUUAGCCGUCAAGAGCCCUUCCUGUGCGAUCAUGUAUUCUCUGAGAAAUGGCUUGACAGCUGUGUGGGUGUCCUUCAUCCAAAUCAGGAGCCAAGUGGGGUGUGGUGUGUACCAGGAGCCGCUGAACAAGGAAUGUAAAAUGUCA